AAAUCCUUCACAGUGUGUUAGAGGUGAUAGAGUUAAACAGUUUGUGCAACAUGGUGGCUGGUUGUGGUGCCUCAGGGGCUUUGCUCCUUCUUAUGCUGCUGGGCACAAGUUACAGCUACCCCAAGAAGCAAGGUUUUGAUCCUAGCUCCUCCUAUAGCAGUAGCUAUGGUGCAAAUCCUCCAUCUACUGCUACCUGGGAUAUGCCUUCUUCUGGUGGCUCUACCCCUGUGGUUUCUGGUUCUGUGGCUGGGUCUAAAACUGUCUCAAGUUCAGCCCACCCUCAAAAUGCUCCCAGGAGAGAACCCAGUUACCCUCAACCCAGUGAGAGGCAGCAACCAGCAGCAUCUUCUUACAGCUCUAACUCCUUUGCUGCAGCACAUCCAGGACGUGCUAGCAGCUCUUCUGCAGGCUCAGCAUGGCCAAGUUCUUCUCAACCCACCUCUACCCAAGACAUUGCCUGGGCAGUUGCACCUCCCAGUCUUGGUGGCACAAGACCUACUGCUCGCCGGUUUGCCAACAAACCUGCCUCUAAACCACUUGGCUCAAGCAACGUGGGUCCGCCUGGCUCUCGUCCAGAGUUCCAGGCAGGUGAACUGUCUAGCUAUGAGAACCGCUUUGAGCAUGGCAACUAUGAAUCUGAGACUGAGGAGCAAGGCUUCCAGCCAGCACCCCCUGAAGUUGAAGUUUCAAAGGGACGAUACUCUACCAGUGAACGUCGGCCAUUAUAUCCUGGCAGACGUAGGGGGCAUGUUUUUCCUUAUUAUGACUACAUGUUCCUGACUGGCCAGUAUCCUCAAGGCACUAUCACUCACUCCAGCAGCAGCUUUGAACAGGGAACGGACCACUGGCAAGAUGCUCACUACAUCAGAUACCAUUAUCCUGCCAGCCCUGGUAUUCCACAGGUCAAGACCAGUGUCCAGCAGCCUAGCCAACCUGUUAAGCAAAGCAUUGACAGCAACUACGGCUCUGGUGGGGCACCUGAACAAAACCAACCCUCUGGAGCUGUUGGUCCACAAGCUUACUCUUGGCGCGACCCAGCAUUUUGGAUUAACUUGCUCUAACUCUUUUCUCCUGUCUUUCAGGUUGGAUACUAAAUAAUCCUGCUGACCUUGUUCUGAAUAAAGAUGUUUCACUCCCUUGAA